AUGUCUUUUCUUCUGAAAAGGCUCGUCCACAAUGAGGCGAUGCGAACGGACCCUCCUGAGAUCUACGGGUGGAGGGUCUACGCAUUGGCUUGCUCGGCAUGUUUUGGAGGCAUGUUGUUCGGAGUGGAAACCGGAAUCAUUGGUGGUGUUCUCACAAUGGAUACCUUCAAAGCGAAGUACGGAUUAAAUGAGUUGGACGAUACGGCAAGGGCCAACCUCUCCGCAAACAUUGUGUCCACUCUACAAGCUGGAUGCUUCUUCGGCGCUUUGGCUGCGUCUUGGGUAGCUGAUAGGUACGGGAGAAGGCUAGGCCUGAUGGUUGCAUCCUUUGUAGCCAUUCUUGGAGUUAUCAUGCAAGUUGCAGCCAGCGGUCACUUGGAAGCCAUGUAUAUCGGACGACUACUCUGCGGUAUUGGUGUCGGUUUCGCCUCCAUGGUCAACCCACUCUAUGUCUCGGAGAACGCCCCACGAGCUAUCCGUGGUGGUCUUACAGGUCUAUAUCAACUUUUCAUCACAAUGGGAAUUAUGCUUGCUUUCUGGAUUAAUUACGGCUCCCUCCUCCAUAUCAGUGGCCACGCUCAGUACCUCGUUCCGCUAGCCAUGCAGGGCCUUCCAGCGAUUCUUCUUCUCAUCGGCAUGCUCCUCUGCAACGAAUCCCCUCGAUGGCUGGCCAAGCAAGACCGCUGGGAGGAAGCACGCGCAACCCUUUCCAGCAUCCGCAAUCUCCCACCAAACCACCCGUACGUGGAGAACGAAUUCCAGGACAUUGCCAGCCAGCUCGAGUUUGAGCGCCAGCUCAUCAGCGGCUCAAGCUUCGUCGACCUCCUCAAAGAGAUGUGGACCAUCUCCGGAAACCGCAAGCGCGCUCUCAUCAGUAUCUUCCUCAUGGUUUGCCAGCAAAUGACCGGGACCAACGCAAUCAACUACUACGCGCCCCAGAUCUUCGAAAACCUCGGUAUCACCGGCAGCUCCAACGGUCUCUUUGCCACAGGUGUCUACGGCAUCGUCAAAGUCGUCGGCUGCGCCUGCUUUCUCGUCUUCGUCGCUGAUUCCCUUGGCCGCCGUCGCUCUCUCCUCUGGACCUCUAUCGCUCAAGGCCUCUGCAUGCUCUACAUUGGUCUGUAUGUCCGCAUUGCCCCUCCGAAGGAAGGAGAGCCCGUAAUUCCCGCCGGCUACUUCGCCCUCGUCUGCAUCUUCCUCUUCGCUGCCUUCUUUCAGUUCGGUUGGGGUCCUGUCUGCUGGAUUUACGUAUCUGAAAUCCCAACGACCCGGCUGCGCAGUCUCAACGUCUCCUUUGCGGCUGCCACCCAGUGGCUGUUCAACUUUGUUGUUGCGCGUGCUGUGCCGAACAUGUUGGCUACAGUUGGUGCGAAUGGUUACGGAGCGUAUAUUAUAUUCGCUUGCUUCUGUUUCUCCAUGUUUGUCUUUGUCUGGUUCUUCGUCCCCGAGACCAAGGGUCUAUCCCUCGAGAGAAUGGAUGAGCUCUUCGGCGUCAGCCACGUCAGCACAAAGCUCCACCCCGACGAUUCCCCCGUCGAAAAAGAAGAGGUUGUCAACAUUGAGAAGACGGCGUAA